CUCUCUUUGUUUUUCGUUUCCCUCUUGUCUCAUCUUUCCUCCCAAAACCCCAGAUGGGGAAGUACAUUAGGAAGGCCAAAACGGAAGGUGAAGUUGCCGUAAUGGAAGUCUCGCAGUCUCCCCUGGGCGUUCGUACCCGAGCCAAAACCCUCGCGCUCCAACGCCUCCAGAAUUCCUCCGCUUCUCCUCCGGCUACGGUUGCUUCGGCUCAGGCGAAAGGAGACGGCUCGUAUCUCCAGCUCCGGAGUCGACGGCUAGAGAAGCCGCCGGUUGUGGUGCACCACCAUGACUCGAAGAGGCACAAGCAGCAGACACAGCAACAGUGGAGUAAGAAGGAUAACUGUGGAGAGAAUCCUAACCCUAGUUCGAAUUCGAGGGUUCGUGUGGGUGGCGACCCAGAUUCGGAAAAGAAUAAGGAAGCUGAAGUUGGAAGCCAUGAUAUUACGCAAGAAGAAGAUGGUGGGAAUGAUAAUGUUAAUAACUAUAUCAAUAUUAACAAUGAUAAUAACGAGAGCAAUGAUUUUGGAAGUGUUGAAGCUUCUUUUGGGGAAAAUGUUUUGGACAUUGAAGCUAGAGAGAGGAGCACUAGGGAGUCAACUCCGUGCAACUUGAUAAGGAACCCAGAGAGUAUAAGAACCCCAGGGUCAUCUACUAGGCCGACCUGCUCAGCAGAGACCACCCAAAGAAUACAGAAUUCAACGAGGCGACACAUCCCGACAUCAAAUGAAAUUGAUGUGUUCUUUGCUAGUGCAGAAGUAGACCAGCAAAGACAAUUCAUUGAGAAGUACAACUUUGAUCCGGUGAAAGACAAGCCACUUCCAGGACGUUAUCAAUGGGAGAAAUUGGACCCGUAGACACCAUUAGUGUUCCAUCAGCACUUAUAUUUCCUGCUAAAUGCUCAGUUGAUAGUAAAUUUAGGUACUUUUAGCUACUAGGAAUUUAGUCUUGGCUGUAAAGGUGAUAGUUUUAUUUCCAUUUUCUAUCACCCUUAACUAUUAAAAGAAUGUGUCGACUAAUGGUCUGUAACAUAACAGUAACGAGUUACAAAAACGAAAAAAGGGGGAAUCAAAGUCCUUUGUCUAACAGAUCAUCUGAGAAGGGAAGGGAAUGAAGGUGUAGGCUAGAGUUUAGGAACUUUAGGGUCAGUCAAUUAGGCCAGAUCAGUUGAUCUGGUACAUAAUUUCUUUGUAUUUUACCCGUCGUUUGUUCAUAGUUGUAAUGAUGGAAUCUUUCCAAGACAGUCGUCGGACUAAACAUGAACUCAAAGGUAACGAUGAUGCAGCCCGUCACUAUGUUCGGAAAUGGUAUUGUUUCAUCGAGUCAUGACCGGCCGCUUCCGUCGCGUAUAAGAUGG